AUGUUCAAUACUAAACAAUUCCUUGUUGUCAUACUCGCAUUGCUCGCUUUUGUUGGCACCUGCCAAGCUGCCACAUUGGCUUUUUUGAGCUUGACAGUUCCAAACACUGUUACUAGUGGCCAAACUUUCUCUGCAAGUGCCAAAAUGUUAGAUUCUAGUGGAAACACCAUGGCAGCUUCUGGUUCUGUUGUUUUGAGUUGGGAAGGAAGUGGUACUUUGGGUGGCUCUACGGUUGCUUCAUUCUCUAAUGGUGUUGCUGCCUUCUCAGUUUCCAUCACAGUUUCAGCUGCUACUUCUGGCAUGUUGAAAGCAACCUAUACUUCUGGUGGAUCAACCUAUUCACAAUCUCUCAGUGUUGAUGUCCAAAUUGGUUCUAAUAAUCCAUCAGGUGAUUAUACAUCUGCUUGGGGUCUAACUUUAUCUGGUGUUCCGUUUUUACAAACAAUACAAAUUUCAUUUGAUGACUCCUUCUUAUUCAUUGAAUCUUUUAAUAAAGUUACUAGUGUUUCCGAUUUAGAAAAGCGUAUUUGA